CGGGGACAUCGCGGCCGCCCCGCUCCGCGCCGCGCCGCGCCGAGCAGACGCAGGAGCGCCGCGGCGGCGGUGGCGGCUCGGCCAGGCGUGUUCCUUCUUGACCUCCCUCCCUCCGUCCCUCCAUGCGCGGUGCGCGGCCAGCCGCGGGGCUUGCGCAGCGCGGCGGCGGAGCGGAGCGGUGAGCGGCGGCAACAUGCGGCUGCGGGAUGUCUGAGGCGGGCGGUGCGGCGGCGGCCGCGCUGCCCCGGCGCCGUGCUGGAGGCAUGCGGGCGGCCUGGGGCUCCGUCUGGUGCCUGUGCCUGGCGGCGGCCGUCGGCGGGAUGCCGGCGGGACGGCGGGGCGGCGGCGCGGCGGCGGAGAGGAGCGGCGGGCAGCCGGCAGAAUACUUGAGGAGCGAGACCGCCUUUCUGGAAGAGUUGGUGUUUGGAAGUGGAGAUACCAUUGAACUUUCAUGUAACACCCAAGGCUCUUCUGUGUCUGUUUUCUGGUUUAAAGAUGGUAUUGGGAUUGCACCUACCAACAGAACUCACAUUGGACAAAAACUGUUGAAGAUAAUCAAUGUUUCAUAUGAUGACUCGGGGCUGUACAGUUGCAAGCCAAGGCAUUCCAACGAGGUCCUGGGAAACUUUACAGUCAGAGUUACAGAUUCCCCUUCGUCAGGUGAUGAUGAAGAUGACGACGAUGAGUCAGAAGAUACAGGUGUCCCCUUCUGGACCCGGCCAGAUAAGAUGGAGAAGAAGCUGCUGGCAGUUCCUGCUGCCAACACCGUUCGCUUCCGAUGUCCGGCGGGUGGAAACCCAACUCCUUCCAUCUACUGGCUGAAAAACGGCAAGGAGUUCAAGGGAGAGCAUAGGAUCGGAGGCAUCAAGUUGCGACACCAGCAGUGGAGCUUGGUGAUGGAGAGUGUUGUGCCGUCAGACCGAGGAAAUUACACCUGUGUUGUGGAGAACAAAUAUGGCAAUAUUAGGCACACAUACCAGCUUGAUGUAUUAGAAAGGUCACCCCACCGACCAAUCCUACAAGCAGGGCUCCCUGCCAACCAGACCGUGGUGGUAGGGAGCAAUGUGGAGUUUCACUGUAAGGUCUACAGCGAUGCCCAGCCUCACAUCCAGUGGCUGAAACAUGUGGAAGUCAACGGCAGCAAAUAUGGACCCGAUGGGACGCCCUAUGUCACAGUGCUGAAGUCUUGGAUCAGUAAAAACGCUGAAGCCGAUGCUAACCUAAAUCUGUUCAAUGUGACAGAACAAGAUGAAGGAGAAUAUCUGUGUAGAGCCAACAAUUUCGUAGGCAUAGCCGAAAAACCAUUUUGGCUCCACAUUCGCAAACCAAAACCAGCAGAGGAGCUCAUGGAAAUGGAUGAUUCAGGCUCAGUGUACGCUGGCAUUCUCAGUUACGGCACUGGCUUUGUUCUCUUCAUCCUGGUGGUGGUCAUUGUGAUUAUCUGCAGGAUGAAAAUGCCAAACAAAAAAGCCAUGAACACCCCUACUGUACAGAAAGUCUCCAAAUUUCCACUCAAGAGACAGGUAACAGUGUCGUUGGAGUCCAACUCUUCAAUGAAUUCCAACACACCCCUUGUCCGGAUCACACGUCUCUCCUCCAGCGAUGGGCCCAUGUUGGCCAACGUCUCCGAGCUGGAGCUGCCUCCUGAUCCCAAGUGGGAACUGGCACGCUCUCGCUUGACCUUGGGGAAGCCACUGGGCGAGGGGUGUUUUGGCCAAGUGGUGAUGGCUGAAGCGAUUGGGAUUGAUAAGGACAAGCCAAACAAGGCCAUCACAGUUGCAGUCAAGAUGUUAAAAGAUGAUGCCACAGACAAGGACCUUUCUGACUUGGUCUCUGAGAUGGAAAUGAUGAAAAUGAUUGGGAAGCAUAAGAACAUUAUCAACCUCCUCGGUGCCUGCACGCAGGACGGACCGCUCUAUGUGCUGGUAGAAUAUGCGUCAAAGGGGAACUUGCGGGAAUACCUCAGGGCACGUCGCCCACCUGGCAUGGACUAUUCCUUUGACACCUGCAAGCUACCUGAGGAGCAGCUGACAUUUAAAGACCUGGUUUCCUGUGCCUACCAGGUGGCCCGUGGCAUGGAGUACUUGGCAUCUCAGAAGUGCAUUCAUCGCGACUUGGCAGCCAGGAAUGUGUUAGUCACUGAAGACAAUGUGAUGAAAAUUGCCGAUUUUGGCCUUGCAAGAGACGUUCACAACAUCGACUAUUACAAGAAAACCACCAAUGGUCGGCUGCCUGUGAAAUGGAUGGCUCCAGAAGCCUUGUUUGACCGGGUCUACACUCACCAGAGCGAUGUCUGGUCUUUUGGAGUGCUACUAUGGGAGAUCUUCACUUUGGGAGGGUCUCCAUACCCAGGAAUUCCUGUUGAGGAACUCUUCAAACUCCUGAAGGAAGGCCAUCGGAUGGACAAACCCGCAAACUGCACCCACGACCUGUACAUGAUCAUGCGGGAGUGCUGGCACGCCGUCCCCUCGCAGCGGCCAACCUUUAAGCAGCUGGUGGAAGACCUGGACAGGGUCCUCACCAUGACAUCUACCGACGAAUACCUGGACCUCUCGGUGCCCUUCGAGCAGUACUCGCCGGCCGGGCAGGACACCCACAGCACCUGCUCCUCGGGGGACGACUCGGUCUUUGCACAUGAUCUGCUGCCCGAUGAGCCCUGCCUGCCCAAGCACCCCCCCUGCAACGGCGUCAUCCGGACGUGAGGACACCCCUGGGCAGACAGACGGACGGAUGGACAGACGGAUAGCAUGCCCACGGAGGCCUAAGCAUGGGACGCCGAGGAUGAAACCGUAGUGAAGGAUCUUCCAGUGGAACUGUGUGGUGGUGCCUGGAGAUUUGUGUUGUUGAGCUGUUCAGGGUAAAAAGAAAAAACAAACUUUUUUUUAGGGUUUUUUUGGGUUUUUAUCCCAUUUGCUGUAUAAAAAGUCAAGAAGCACUGUUUGGCCUGAAGGAACUAAUCUCUUUCCAAGAUGAUCUAUCAUAUAUGAUUUUUUGGGGGGUUAUUUUUCUUUCUUUUUUUUUCUUCUUUUUUUUUUUUUACUAAGCAGAAUGUUGAACCUGGGGGCUCUGCCCCCCCAGCCUCCGUGCUUGUAUUUUUGAGUGCCAGAGUAGCCAUUCUGUGCCUGCAAUACGAAGAGAGAAAAAAUCUUCCUUUUUUUAAAAAAAACACACGAACAAGUGUAAAGAAUGUAGAAAUUCUUUGCUUAUGCAAUCUGUACAUGAACCUUUUUGGUGGAGCUGAAAAGCCACGUUGCCUGCAGGGAUUCAUAUAUUUAUAAAAAAAAAUCUAUAUUUUUGUUGUCGUCGUUUUUAUAGCUUCAUGAUCGUAUUACCCAGCUACAUAGAAGGAAAAGGAAGAAGAAAAACGAAAAAAAAGGAAAAUGUAAAUCAUCAUGGAGAAAGGAAAAAUAAUAAUAAUAAUACAAACAGACAGUCAAGUCAUCUGAAAUGGCAGCGCUUUGGCCGGGCUCGGCAGCUGCCAUGGGCUGCAAGCGAUGGGGCCAAGCGGAUGCAGGAGCAGACCCUGGGGACCAGCAGAGCAUCAUCUGAGAGCAGUGUGGGACCGGGCUCCUGGAUGCCCACACAGUGUCUCAAGCCUCAUCCCCACCCUUGGGAACAACCAUUUUGGGGAAGAAAAUCUCUCUCUUUGGGGUUUGCAUAGUUUUGCUUGCCAAGGGUGAGCAGGAGGGGAGCGGCUCCUCUGCCCGCCCCUUCGCACCAGUGAUUUGGCUCCAUCUACGUGCAGUGACUCGGAGAAAGAAGUUACGGGUACCUGUAGGCAAGAGCCUUUAACUUAUAUCAAAAAGGUUUAUUCCAGAGAAUCUGUGUAUAUAUCUAUAAAUAUAUCCUGUAUAUAUAUAAAUAAAUAUAUUAAAAAAAAGAAUGUAUAAUACUAAUGCAACGUAAAGCAGUACUGAGAGUCUCAAAAUACGAGCAUUGCAAUCUAGGAUAUACUGAUCUGGGCAAAAGGAAAGAUUUUGUUUGUUUUAUAUCUUCACAGUUUUGUUUUAAAAAUUGUACUUUAACAUGUAUAUUUGUAAAGUUAUUUAUAGACAUUAACAUAUCUGUUCAUUGGUUUAAAUAGCGUAGAGUUACUGUAAACUUCAAAUUUCACCAAGCUUAAGGGUGUUUUUUUUUAACUUAUUAAAAAUGGAGAAAAAAUAUAUUAAUCAAGUUUUUCUUUUGUGUUUAUGGGAAAUAUUGAAAGAAUGUAUAGGUGUACAGUCCUUUAACAAAUUACAUUUAAUGUUAUAAAUAUAUAUAUGUAUUCAUUUAAAAAGUAUUAGUUUAUCCUGGAUUGCAGUGAGCAGAGGUAAGUUUAUUUUUCCAUACAUCACCAGUGGUUAAAACCAAACAAAUAGCAGCCAAGAGAUGAUUUUUACAUAUUUCAGAAAAACAGGGCCACGAAUUCUUCCAUCAGUUUAACCACUGUGCAUUAAGGGGGUGUGGAUGUUUAUUUUUCUAUUUUCAAAUGAAGGUAUUCUUUGUGGUCGACUUAAUAACCAGUGUGCAGCAAAGUGAAAUGUUGACUUUGGAUGAUGCGGGCUAAUUUUUUUUUCCCCUUUGCCAGUACCGUUGUAUUUUGGGCUUCAGAAAUGCCUUGUGAGCAAAAUAGCCAGAAAAGCGACACUGUUUGCAGGAGAAGUGCAACGACUGCUUAUUUCUUUUGCAUCUGAUUCAUUGGAAAAUGCCAGUGAUGCCUGAUUUUCUGUUGUUAAAAUGCUGUGCUGUUUUGUUCCUCUGUGUCCUAUAGCUGUGUAAAAGCACAGGAGUGAACUAGGGAAUAUUAGCGUGGAUCAAGCUGACAAAAGGGCAGAUUUGGGCUGGGGUUUUUUUGUGGGAUUUUUUUUGGGUCUUAUUGUCCAGAAGACUUUUAUCUACUACCACGAAGAGGCAAGUUGCAUCCUGAAUUCUUUCUUUCCAUUUUUCUCUGGUGCGUAUUACAUAUCAGUGUUUCAGAAUAACAGGAUGACAGCAUCUCAUUUUAAGAUAUUUUUUUUCUCUCCUUAGAGCCACGAAAUCCUUAUCCUAAAAUAAAUAAUUUAUAGUUUUGAGGUUAUUUCAAUGGAAGUUUGAGGACGUAGAUUUCUAUAGAUUUUUGUUUUGUUUCGUUGGAAUAAAAAAGAAUUUGUUGGUAUUUUCUUACAAAUGUCUGCUAAUGGUGUACAUUCCAAGUACUCGAAGCGUUGAGUUUUCCUGUACUGAAAAAAGAAAAUGUACAAAACUGUGCAUGAUUUCAAAUGUUACUAGAUAUUAUAAAUAUAUAUAUAUAAUUUAUUGAGUUUUUACAAGAUGUAUCUGUUGUAGACUUGUUGACUUUAACAUUUCUUAUUCAAUGCUUAUAUAGUUUUAUAGCCUGGACUAUUAUCUUUAAAAGCUUACAAAAAUUAAAAAUUCCCAUUUUGUUACAUUUUAUACUGUUGAUGUUACAAUCCACAGGUUUGCAUAGCGUGAUUUUUUUCAAUGAGCAACUCUGUUUAGUUUAUUUUAAUACUGUAUUUCUGUGCCUGACAGCUGCAGCUGUCGAAGGUGUGAGGUGAACACUAAAUAAAACUAUUCUGCUUUUGUUAACAUGGCAAACUUAUUUUGACCAAAAAAAAGGAUAAUAAAAAUAAACAAGUUGUUAAA